AUGUCUGACCGUGGUCGUGGUGGUGGUCGAGGACGAGGUCGCGGUGAGUUCCGCGGUGGCGGUGGCGGUCGUGGAGGGGGCCGUGGCGGUGGUCGGGGCGGCGGAGGUGCUGGCCGGGGCGACUUCCACGGCGGCGGCGUCCGGGGAGGUCCUGUUCAUGUAUAUUCGGGCCGCAAUGGUAUCCCACAACCCGACCCCGCCAUUACGAAGCUUGAGGACACCUACAUCCAGAAUUAUGCCGGCGAUAUCACGUCCAAGCUCGGCAAGCUGUCUCUCUCCGAUAAGCCGGAGUUUUUCCCCCACCGCCCAGCUUUCGGCACAGAGGGCAAUCCGGUCACCCUCUGGGCCAACUAUUUCCCCCUCAACAUCAAGAAAAACACGCCCUUGUAUCAGUACAGCAUCCGCGUUUUGGACAAGAAGGUCACCAAAGAGCAGGCUGAGGCUGUCGAUGUCGAAAGAUCCCCUCAACCGCAGAAGGGCAAGGGCAAGGGCAAGGGAAAGGGCAAGGAGGACUCGCAAAAGCCUGCUCCUCCUAAGGAGGCCAAGGGCCAAAAACGGGAAAAGGUGAUUCAACAGGCCCUGAGCGGUUUCCCGACUCAUACCGUGACUACAGAGCUCAAGUCUCAGGUCGUCUCCGUCGGCCCCCUUAAACUCCCUCCGGAUAACAUCAUCGAGGUCACCUUAGCCGAAGCCGGUAGCAAGAGCGAAACAUGGUUCGUUUACUUCGACGGCCCACAGUCCAUGGAUCUGACUGGGCUUGUGAGAUUUGUCGAAGAGCAAGGGGACAAGGGCAGCGAGGAUGUCUUUCCCAAGUACCAAGCUGAAAUCAACUCUCUUAACGUCGUGCUGGGCCACACGCCCCGUUCUGACCCGAACACAGAGGUUGUUGGCCGGAGUCGCUUCUUUGCCCUCGAUAAAGGACGUGUCGAGGCGUCGUUGCAGUUGCAGUCACAACUGAUUGACAUUCUCCGCGGUUAUGUCCAAGCCGUGCGCCCGGCGACCGGCCGUCUGCUUCUGAAUGUCAAUGUGACCCACGGAAUCUUCCGCAAAGGGAUUAAACUAGAUAAGCUUUUCAAGUCUAUGGGCUUGACCGGUCUGAACGACCCAGACAAGCUUUCCGAUCAGAAGCUGAAGCAUGAUCUGGUCAGAGUCAACAAGGUUAUCUCGAAGGCUAGAAUUCAGUGCAUGGUCCCGGACGUCAACGGAAAGCUCAUUCCGGUUGAGCGGACCAUUGCCGGCCUGGCAACCACUAAGGAUGGUCCCAAGAAGAGGGGCAAGGAUGAGAAAGACGAAGGAAACAGGCCCGAAUUCUUCUUCCCUGACUUUCCCUACACUAGCCCGGCAACGACUAGGUUUCUUCUCCGGCCUCCAAAGACCCCGAGAGACCCGCCGAAGGGCCUCAAGUACGGCGAUAAGGUUACUGUUGAGGCAUACUUCAAAGCCAAGUACAACCAGCAGGUCAACCCCGGCUUGCCCCUUAUCAACAUCGGCACUUCGACGGAGCCGGUAUACUUCGUGGCAGAGCUGUGCACGCUUUUGCCGUCCUCACUCAAGGCGAAAUUGUCGCCGAAGGAGCAGGAUGCCAUGAUCCAAUUUGCUUGCCGUCCUCCUCCCGCCAAUGCCCUAUCCAUAACGCAAAAGGGCCGGGAGCUUUUGCGGCUUGACAGCAAUCCCCUCUUGGAGAAAUUCGGCAUUGAGGUCGGAAAAGAAUUGAUCACGGUGGAGGGCCGUGAAUUGACUCCACCAUCCUUGAAAUAUGCGAACGACACAAAGGUCCCAGAGGAAGGUGGUUGGCUAAUGAAGAAGGUCAAGGUGUACAAACCCAAUCCCAUUCCGAUUAACACCUGGACAUUUAUGACAAUCGGGUUCAACUCUCACGGCAAGCUCCAGGAAGAUGUUCAUAAGUUCGCGCGCUGGCUGCGGAACGAUAUGGGCAUCAACAUCGCCCCAACUCCCGUCCCCGCUAACGGUGUGAAGGCGAACAGCAAUGAGGCAGCCAUCCACAACGCUUUCGCGCGUCUGGAUAAGGACAAAAAGCGCCCGAAUUUUGUGCUCGUCAUCCUGCCAGAGAAGAGCACGUCUCUAUAUAACAUGGUCAAGAAAACCGCCGACGUCGACUUUGGCUUCCAGACUGUUUGCGUGGUGGGGAACAAGUUCACCAAAGAAGGUGGCCAGUUGGGAUAUUUCUCCAACGUUGGCCUGAAGGUCAACCUCAAGUUUGGUGGCGUCAACCACCACGUUGAGGAUGCAGUCGGGCUCAUCAAGGGUGGCAAGACCAUGUUUGUUGGCUACGACGUCACCCACCCGACCAACAUGUCGGCUGCUGCGGCAGAGAAGGCGCCCAGUAUCGUCGGCUUAGUGGCCAGCAUCGACAGGGAGCUUGGCCAGUGGCCUGCCGUGGUAUUCCAGAACCCCAAGGGCCAGGAACAAGUUGACAAGGUCUUCGCCGACCACUUCAAGAGCCGCUUGCGCUUGUGGCAGAACAAUAACAGCGGCCAUCUCCCGCAGAACAUCAUCAUCUUCCGCGACGGUGUCUCGGAGGGUCAGUUCAAGAUGGUCUUGGACGUCGAGUUGCCUUACAUCCGCGACGCCUGCCGCGCGGUGUAUCCCAACGGAAAGCAGCCGCGUCUGACGCUCAUCGUGUCGGUGAAGCGCCAUCAGACGCGCUUCUACCCGACCGAUCCGACCCACGCUCAUCACAAGUCCAUGAGCCCCAAGGAGGGCACCAUCGUCGACCGCGGCGUUACUAACGUCCGCUAUUGGGACUUUUUCUUGCAGGCGCACGCUUCGUUACAGGGCACCGCCCGCCCAGCGCACUACACCGUCCUCCUGGACGAGAUCUUCCGCGCCGAUUUCGGCCCCCAGGCCGCCAACAAGCUGGAGCGUCUCACCCAUGACAUGUGCUACAUGUACGGGCGCGCCACCAAGGCUGUUAGUAUCUGCCCGCCCGCGUACUAUGCUGAUUUGGUGUGCACGCGGGCCCGCAUCCACCAGAGCGAGCUUUUUGACGACGAAGGCAGCUCGAUUAACGAUGGAGAACGCGAGAGGAUCACGAGGAGACGGGUGCAUGAGAGGGUGAAAGAUAGUAUGUAUUACAUCUAA